ACUCCUCCCACUUCGCCCCUCUUGACUGCCCCACUCUCGACCACCACCACCACCCGUGCACGCACACACACACAUACAAGCACAAACACAAACAAAACUCGCCCGUCGCGUACACCAAUGCCCCCGGACACGCGCCAUCCCUGCCCCGAGCCGGGUUGUGGAAAGGCCUUCUCCUCGUCCACGACUCGGGACGACCCACUAACCCACCCCAGCUUUGUUCGCCGAGAAGUCUGGAAACGACACGAGGCGCUGCACGUCACGCCUCAGUCCGUCCGGCCGCGCAUCAAACCGGUCGGUACCGGCGGCGAAUCAUCGUCCCCCGGUGCACAGGCUAUCAAGUACGAAAAGUACGAGGACAAGUACAACGACGACGGCGAGGGCACGCCCGAGCCGUUAUCGUCUCUCCGCCGCGCAUCGCGCCUCGAGCCAACCCUGACGCCGCGGAUAAGCGACGAGCGCUCGCACUCGCGCGCCGAGUCGGUGCUACCAUUGGCCGGGCCGUCAGCGCUGGGCGGCGGCUUGGAUGCCGUGCCGCAGAACAUCCAGCCUCUCCAGCAGCACUGGGGCCUGCCGGCCGUCGCCGCGACGCAGCAGACCCCCGAGCCGCAGGCGUUCGCCGACAUUGUCCCCACCAGCGUCUACUACCCCUCGGGCGGGGCCUCGCUUGAGAGCUGGAUCAACCAGAUCCUCACGGAGCAGUCCACGUUCCCGACGUUCGACCUGCCUGCGCCGCCGCCAGAGCUCCCGGCGACGGCCUUCCUCUGGGACCAGCGCGGCGCGGUCGAGAGCCCGUCAGCACAGGAUGCGGGCGCAUGCAGCCGCCUGAGAAACUGGCUGAUGGACAAGAACGCCUCCCAGAUGCCGAUCGAAAUCACCACCGAUCGGAUGACCCGAUGCCUUGCCGCCUACUGGGCCACGAUCGAUCCGCAGAUUCCUAUAGUGCACCGGCCUACCUUUUCGUCGGUCGAGUGCUCCCCGCUAGUGCUGCUUAGUAUGGUCAUCCUCGGCGCCACUGUGGCGGGCAGCGACGAUGAUUGGGCCUGGGCCGGCGCCGUGCUCCCACAAGCACGCGUCAUGGCCAUGACGUGCAACAUGGGGAAUCCGACAGACAGGAUGCACGCCCUCCAGUCCAUGGUCAUGCUGAGUCUCGUAGGACACGGCAUGGGCGCAGACGAGCAGGACCACGCCCACGGCAUCAUGAGCAUGGCGCUGACGCUUGCGCGAAGGGCAAACAUGUACCAGGAUCGCCCGCGGCGCCCCGCCAUCAGCCAGUCGGAUCUGCAGGCGCAGUGGAGCCAGUGGAUCAUCGAGGAGUCGACACAGCGCGCGUGCUGGGUCAUCAUGUUCAGAGAUAUCGAAUACUGCAGUUUCUUCCAGCAGCUGCCGACGAGAGCGUACUCGCCCUUCCGGACGCCGUGCCCCCUCCCGUGCCACGAGUCGUGCUGGGACGCGCCGACGCCCGAGGCAUGGUCGCACGCGUUCACGCCGGGCGAGACGCUCGCUGCGAAUCUGAAGCGAAUUCUGAUCAGCGGUCCGGCCGGCCCGACGCUUGCGUUUGGCAAGGGCGACGAGCUGUUCAAGCAGCUCAACUUGACGUACUGUCUGAGCGCGCUGGGCUGGGACGCCAACAACCGAGAUCUGAUCGUUCUUAUCAGAAUCCUAUCCCACGCGGCCAUGCAGGACCCCGAAGAUCUAGGUCGCAACUCGAAGCGCAGCUGUCUCCAAGGCUCGAUUCAGGACGUGGCCUUCCUGGCUGCACUCGACCUGCACCUCAGCACGUUGUAUCUGCAGGUGUUUGCCGGCGUGCCCGAGGUCGGUAUCCUGCAGCCCGUGCGGCCGACCGACCAGAUCGACGCGAACAAGAGCAUGAGAAACUGGGCGGCGUCGGCAUCGAGCCGCGAGGCGGUCAUGCUAUCCACGCAGUUCUUGAUGCGCGCGAUUGAUCUCGUCUGCUGGGCCUACUACGUUCUCCGGCGCGUCGGGUCCAACCCACCACACAUGCAGCAGGUGGACGGUCAGACCACCAAGGACGACGCCCUGCAGUUCUGCUACGAGCUGGAAAACUGGGUGCGCGGGGAAGACCCCGAGGCGCGCGAGCCGUCGGCUAUGCUCAUGCGCGCGCUGAGCACCCAGGUCGUGCUGCUGCUGUCUACGCGCAAGGAGCUGAUGGGCGCAGCCACCUCGCCCAGGACGGCAGUCAAGCGUCUCCCCUCGGCACUAGGCGACGAGCCGUACGCCCCAGCUGCGCCGCCGGCAGGGCCUGCCGCGUCCGGGGCGGCGGCGCAGCGCCGCAACUCGACCUCGAAAAGCUUCACGGCGGUUAGCGUGCCGACCGCGGAACAGGUGUGGGCUAGUAUGGGCGACAAGGAGCGCGAGGGCGUCGAGCCGCGCGAGCGCGAGCGGCGCGAUGGGCGCGAGCGCAAGUCGUCGCUCUGGAUAUGGGUCAAGAUCCUCCUCGUCUAUCUCGUCCUCGCGCGUAUCUGGGACUGGAGCAACGCGUUCGACGCGAGCGAGCUCAAGAGCCUGCUCUUCGGCCCCGCUGGCGUCGUCGACGCCGACGAGGCUGCGCCGCCGACGCGAGUGGGCGACGGGCUCGCCGUCCCGCCGCUCGACGACGGGUUCGUGCGUGAUUGCCACAGCCUGCUCACGCCGCCGGAGGGGACACACACGCGCCGCCUCGAGCGGCUCGUGGCUGCCCUCGAGUUGGCGCCGGGCGGGGACGUCACCGACGCUGCUGGCGCCGCGGCCGCCCCGCGCCUCGCGUACGUCGCCGAGCCGGGCUCAUCGGCCGCAUACUACCUCGGCGCGUUCGCCGCGUCGCAGUGGAAGGCGAGCGAGCGCCCGUUCCUGGUCGCCGUUACGCCGUCGCCCGCCGGCGCCAAGGUGACGCUGCUCACGCCUGCGUUCGAGGAGGGCCGCGCGCGGCUUAUCAGCCUGCCAGAGGAAGUGGCGGCCAUUGUCAGUUUUGUGCCCUGGGCCGAGAGCGCGAGUCCCUAUGCCACGCUGCUUUCCCACCUCGGCGUCGACGGCGUGGUGCUUGACGCGCAGGUGCGCGAGUUCGUCGCCGAGGGCCUGCGUGCCGCCGCCCUCGGCUUCGGCGGCGGCGCGCCCGACUCGCUCGCCGCCGUGGCUGCCGCCGAGCGCGUGAAGCGGAUCCGCCAAGUGAAAGACACGCACGAGGUGGCCCUCAUGCGCUGCGCCAACGCGUUCACGCUGCACGCUAUCCGGCGGACGCGCGCGCGGCUGCAUUUCGGCAUCUCGGAGAGCGAGACGCGCGCCGUGUUGUACGAGGAGAUGGGCGACCUGGGGCUCAAGGACAACGGCGCGUUGAUCCUCUUUGGCGAAAACGCCGCGCUCCCCCACGGCUCGGGGACGGACCGCAAGCUCGGCAAGAGCGACCUCGUGCUCAUCGACGCGGGGGGCAAGUGGGGCGGCUACGUGGCGGACAUUACGCGGACCUUCGCAUUGCCCGACUCGGACAUCCCGCAGGCGCACAAGCGCGUCUGGGAGCUCGUGCGGCACGCGCAGCUUGCCCCCGCGGCGCUGCUCGAGCGCGCGAGCGGCCAGCUGCACUUCCGCCAGCUGGACCACCAGGCGCGCGCGCUCAUCUCGCACGGGAUGCGCAAGCACGGUGUCGGCCCCGCCCCCGCGCCGGAUUAUACCGUCUUCACGCACCGCCUCGGACACGGUAUCGGGCUCGAGGGGCACGAGGCGCCGUAUGUUGUCCAGGGCCCUCUUGGGGAGGAGGUCGUCACCGCCGGCAACGUGUUCACGCUCGAGCCCGGCGUGUAUGUCCCCGCUGAUGCGGCGUUUGGGGACAGCUCCGUGCUGGGCCUCGGCGUGCGCCUCGAGGACGUGUUUGUCGUGCAGGAGGUGGACGGCAAGUUGACGGGCGAGUGGUUGACGGGCCCCGUGAGCGGGUGGGGCGACGUGUAGGUGUGGCGGCGGGCGACACGAGUACACGAGUGCACGAGUCUUAUCUAUAGUCUAGUCUAGUAGCAAUGCAACAGUCCCACGCAGCAGCCAACAAAUGUAUACAUGCU